AUGAACAUCUUCACUAAAGUCCCAGGAUUCGCCCAACAAACCAGCAAGCUGGGUUCUGUGCUCCAACGCGCCUUCUACGGGUCCAGUGGGAGGGUGACCCUUUUCGAGCAGCGGAACUUCGCCGGCCGGCGGCUGGACCUGAGCUCGGACUGCUCCCGGAUCAGCGACAAGAACUUCCCCGAGAGAUGCAACUCGGUGCAGGUGGAGAGCGGCGCGUGGGUCGGCUACGAGCACGAGAACUUCCGCGGCCGCCAGUACCUGUGGGACAUGAGCGAGCGCGGCGAGUACAGCUGCUACGAUAAGUGGUGCGCGCAGGUGGACCACGUGUCCUCCGUCAGGGCCGUGAAGCAGGACAACAACCCGGGCAGAGCGCAGCUGUUUGAGCGAGCCGGCUUCUCCGGGAAGAAGAUGGAGAUCCAGGACGACAUCCCCAACCUGAUGAGCCGCUACAGCCUCAACAGAGUGGCCUCCAUCCGGGUGCUGGGAGGAGCGUGGGCCGUGUACCAGGAGCCCAACUACCGCGGCCCCCACUACAUCCUGGAGAAGAGGGACUACAACAACUUCUCUGACUGGGGGAGCCAGAACAGCACCGUGGGCUCCAUGAGGAGAGUCCGCUUCACCUGAACCCCCCCCC